AUGCUGGGGAAUCUAAACGCUGUCGUUUCGAGAUUACUACCGGAUAACCGUAACGGCAUGGCUCGAACCCGGCCCAUCUCCCGUGACGAUUGGGUGAACAUCGACUGCGGCAACGACGAACUUAUUUUUGUGGACGAGCAUGCAGUUUUUUGGGACUCCGACGAUCUAUACACCGACGCCGGAAUCAACCAAAAAAUCCGAAUAAAUAAAGAUCAAGCGCUCGAAAUUCUAGACACGCUCCGAUAUUUCCCUUCCUCGAGCCAACAGAGUUGCUACAAAUUACCGAUUUAUCAACAGAGUCUACGAUACCUCGUAAGAUCGGGAUUCCUCUACGGCGAUUACGACGGCCUGAAUCGGACGCCGGCGUUCGAUCUCAUCCUCGACGGCAAGAAACUGACGGCGGUCGAGCCAGCGUCAGCGACGGAGGCGAUAAUCGACGAAUUGGUCUACACAUCGGGGAGUUCUGGAGUGAUGAAUUUGUGUUUGGCGCAGAGGAAAGACGGCGGAAUUCCGUUCAUCUCUUCGAUUCAGGCGGUCCCGACGGUCGACGAUUUGUAUUCGAAGAUGCAAUCGAAUGAAACUUUCCGCGUCGUUGCUCGGAUUAACUAUGGGAGAGACGAUGAAUCAACUUCCCCGUUCGAGGACGAUGAUUACGGGAGGACGUGGACGUCCGGAGCGACACCCCCGAACUGCAACAACAUAUCGGCGAUUCCCGAUUUCGAAUCGCCGGAAAAAAAUCCUCCGCCGUUCGUGCUGCAGGAAGCCAUUGAAUCCGACAACGCAUCUUCUCCGAUUGUCCUCACUGUCGAUUUCCCCAAAACCUCCUCGCAGUCGCAAUCGGCUUACUUCGUGCUCUAUUUCACCGAAGCGGAGGAUUUCUUGAGGGAAGACAACAGAACCAUCAACAUCCUCAUCGACGGCCAGAACGUGUCCACGAUUACCACCAGUGUUAGCAAAUGUACGGUGGUUACUCUGUAUCCGGUUGAUGUGAGGAAAUCGAUGGUGAACGUGUCGCUUGUCGCUGCAAAUUCCUCCGGCUUGCCGCCGUUGAUCAGUGCGAUGGAAGUUUUCACUAAAGUUAUUCCUAUCGGCGGCGCCGGCGCCGGGCCGGCGGUGCAGUUUACUCUGUUGUCGUUUGUGCUGAUGCUUAGUGGUUGUGUAUUGGCCAAUUUACUGUGA